AUGAGAGAAGAGAAGGCUGUGAUUGUGAAGAACAAGAAAGUGCACCUCACUGAAAAUGCACAGGAUAAGGGAGAAGGAUCGUUGAAGCAGAAGGUGGCGAAGAAGAAAGGGAAGGGAAAGAUAGUGAAGGUGAGCACUGGAGGGGAUGCGGGCAAAGGUCAAAACGCUGCCGAGGACGACGACGAUGACCUGUACUUCGAUGAUUAG